AUGGCUCUCCUAUGCGCUCUUCUCGGAUUCGCUGGUCUGGCGAUAGCAGCUCUCAAACCCAACUGUCCUCACUUUACCGACUAUGCGGCCACUCCCCACGAGCCCUUCUCCGAGGGUAUCCAUAAGCUAUCGUAUCAGCGUCCGGCGCCUGAGUGCCGGACCGCCAGCUUCCCCGAAGUCGAGAAGGUCAUCACCGAGAUGAAGGCGCUCGUCAAGGACCCGGACCUCUACCGUCUUUUCGAGAACACCUUCCCAAACACCCUCGACACCACCAUUGCCUGGACCGGGCUAGCCGGGGAGAACCCGGAUGAAGAGCUCAGCUUCAUCAUCACCGGUGACAUCAAUGCUGAAUGGCUGAGAGAUAGUAGUAACCAACUACAGAGCUACCGUUCUCUGCUUAAACCUAACUCGUCCGAGGACUCCUUAGCCGCCCUCUACCGCGGUGCAAUCAACUUACAGGCACGUUAUGUCCGCUUCGCUCCUCACUGCAAUGCCUUCCAGCCUCCAGAGGAAUCCAAUGUGGCUCCCACGGACAACGAGGCCGGCGGCGGCUCCGAUCACAUCUUUCCGGCCUACUCGACAUCCUCGUUCUUCGAGUGCAAGUACGAAUUGGACUCCUUGGCCGCAUUCCUCCAGCUCUCCCACGACUAUCAUACCGCCACCGCCGACAAGAACUUCUUCGCUCGCUUCAACUGGUCCAAGGCCGUCGCCGUCCUCCUCAACACGACCGACGCCCUACGCGCAGGCACCUACGCCGCCGACGGCACCCUUAACCCAUCGCCCGCCCUCUUCGAGCGUAAGUCCGUUUCGUCAUCGGAGACACUCUCCAACGGCGGCAACGGCGCGCCCACCGAGGGCAGCACCGGCAUGGUCCGCAGCUUCUUCCGCCCCAGCGACGACAGCUGCAUCUACCAGCUCUUCGUGCCGGCCAACAUGAUGUUCGCCCGCUACCUCAACUCGUGCGCCGAGAUCAUGGACAGCAUCGACGCGGGCCUUGCCGAGCGCAUGCGGGACUCGGCCAAGGCCGUCCGCGAGGGUGUCGAGGCCCACGGCAAGACGACGCAUCCUAAGUUUGGCGAGAUUUACUCGUACGAGGUGGACGGCUUCGGCAGCCACAACAACAUGGACGAUGCCAACAUCCCCUCACUUCUUUCAGCCCCUCACUACGGCUACCUGUCCGCCCAGGACCCGGUCUACCAAAAUACCCGCCGCUUCGUCCUCUCCACCUCGAACCCCUACCAAAUGCGCGGACCUGUCCUCAACGCUACGGGCGGUCCGCACAUAGGGCCCGGCAAUGCCUGGCCCAUGGCGCUCAUCGCGCAGCUCAUGACCUCAAACGACGACGACGAGAUUGCAAACGGCCUGCGCCAGCUCGUCGGCUCCACGAACGGCCUCGGCCUGAUCCACGAAUCGGUGAAUAGCCACGACGCCUCCAAGUGGACUCGCUCCUGGUAA